UCCCUCUGUGCUUUGCUGCAGGUACGGUUGGUCAUCGCUGAGAAGGGGCUGCCCUGCGAGGAGCGGGAUGUCAGCAUGCCACUGCUGGAGCACAAGGAGCCAUGGUUCAUGCGGCUCAACCUUGGCGAGGAGGUGCCCGUCAUCAUCCACCGGGAGAACAUCAUCAGUGACUACAACCAGAUCAUUGACUACAUGGAGAGGAACUUCACGGGAGAGAACGUCCCCCAGCUGAUCCCUGAGCCCGGGACCCUGCUGCACUCGCGGGUGCUGCAAUACAGGGAGCUGCUGGACUCGCUGCCCAUGGAUGCCUACACGCAUGGCUGCAUCCUGCACCCUGAGCUCACCACUGACUCCAUGAUCCCAAAGUACGCGACCGCUGAGAUCCGCAGGCAUUUGGCUAACGCCGGCACUGAACUGAUGAAACUGGACCACGAGGAGGAGCCGCCGCUGACAGAGCCAUACCUCUCCAAGCAGAAGAAGCUCAUGGCCAAGAUCCUGGAGCACGACAACGUGAACUACUUGAAGAAAAUCCUGGGGGAGCUGGGAAUGGUGCUGGACCAGAUUGAGGCUGAGCUGGAGAAGAGGAAGCUGGAGUACCAAGGGCAGAAGUGUGAACUUUGGCUCUGCGGAUGCGUCUUUACCUUGGCUGAUAUCUUGUUAGGAGCUACCCUGCAUCGCCUCAAGUUUCUAGGACUCUCUAAGAAAUACUGGGAAGAUGGCAGCAGACCUAACCUACAGUCCUUCUUCGACAGGAUACAGAAACGCUUUGCCUUCAGGAAAGUCUUGGGAGACAUACAUACCACACUGCUCUCUGCAGUGGUACCCAAUGCCUUCAGGCUGGUCAAGCGGAAACCUCCCUCCUUCUUCGGAGCCUCCUUCCUGAUGGGAUCUCUGGGGGGAAUGGGAUAUUUUGCUUACUGGUACUUAAAGAAAAAAUACAUCUAAUGCUGGCAGCUUGGUGUUUAGUUUGGUGUCUCUGUGCUGUGUGAAAUUAUGACGAAGCCUCAGUAACUGUAAUGAAAUUUGAGGCAAAGUAUGAAUAAUAAUAUUGUUUAAUGUAACAUUCCAUAGUCUAGAAGUAGAAAAGUAUACUGCAAGGAAAUAACAACAAAAUGCAUCAACGUGUAAAUGCCUUUGUUAGGUUUAAGUAUUGCACUCCAGCAGGAGGCUCGGGGGCUGGCCUGGCUCCCCACAUCCACUGGGCAUCUCCAUGGGGAGAUGUGCACCUCGAGGAGCUCCCUACACCCAGGUUAACAGUGGGACUUGGAUACUCAGCCCUGUCUGUGUUUCCAGAACAUUCACCGGCCACCUUUCACACGUACAAGUAGUGGGGACUUUCUUCUUCUAGAAGCCAGUGUUGUGCUUGAAGGCUUUUCUGGGGGCAGUGUGCAGUAGCUGGUUGUGGUCAAGGUGGAUUUGCACUCUUCAAUUACCCUUUUUAAUUAUUUUCAUCAAAAAGAAUGUUUUUCACAGAGCUGCUCUUACAUCCACUUCCUACAUCUGGUUUUGGUGGGCUUUAUUUACAAAAGGAUCAGAUUCCUGUCUUUAACUACCACGUUUUCCUCCUGAAGACAAAUGGUUUUGACUUCCACCCUGAGCCUUGGCACACGAAGGGGAUCCUUGUUUUCACCUUCUGCCUCCGUCUUGAGUUUCCUUUCAUGGUUUCAUGAAGCUUCUUUCUCCACCUGAGCACACCUGGACUCUGACAAAGGACCAUUUCCAGGACUGCCAGCACUUUGCUGCAGACCCUUUGGCUUUCUCUUCCGCUCCUUUCUGUUGUUUCCUCGCCGUGUGUUUUCUUAGAGACACUUUGCACAGAAUCACGUUUGUGACUUUAUUUUUUUUUGUGCCUUUUGCAUGUUGGAAAGAAUAAUGGGCCUCGCUGCUACUCAUGCUUUGAAAACUGAGAUCUUCAAUAAACCAUAUGGGAGGAGUAACUGCUUCACAUUGCUAAAUGUGUUCAGCAAACUUCCAGUCUAAUUUCAAAGCAUGCCCACGUGCAGCAGGACGUGCAGGUGGUUUGUGCUUGUCCUUUUGUGUCAUAUUGGUAUAAAAUUCACAUGGAAACAAAGCUCAUUCCUCUUACAAGGCACUCAUUUCAGUAAGCACUCCUCUGGCUGCUUUUCAGAGCAUUCUGGUGAUCCCUGCGAGUAACGCUGCAUCCAUAGGCUUGGGGACGUAUGCCAAGUGUGGCUGGAGCAAUACGCGUGGCAAUGCCUCCAAUUCAAAAGAGAUCUUUCUGUCUUGGAAAGCUGCAGCAUUUCCCAGGAGCUUUGGUUCUUGAUACGAGCUGGCAGUUGUGGAAUUGUGGAUAUGCUGAGCAUGCGGGGAGGGAUCAGACAAAAGCAAAACGCACUGUGUUGGUUGUGAUUGUAUGGGCUGGUCUGACAUGCUUCUGGAACAAUAUCUGUGCAGCUGCAAAAUCACUGUGUUACACAUAUUAAUCCCGGUGAUGAAGAUCACACUAUUGUGUGUGAGAACUCAAAGCCACCACCUGUGCAGGCACCUGUAGCUAAGGCUAUAGAAUGAAACGUCAGGCAUGCUCCCUCAAAUAUGGUUACCAAUUUGCUCCAUGGUUCCAAUGACUUCAGGGGAAAAAAAAAAUAGUUCUUUUGCUUCUUUUUGAAGAGGGAAGCAGGGGGUUCCGUGAGCCCAUCUCUUCUGCUAAUCUGAAAGGUGUAAGAAUAUAAUGAUGUCCAUGACACUGUGUUCCCCAAAAUACGUUGUGUACACUGAAACAAAACCCUUAGCAUGGAUUUCACCCCUUUCCUUUCAUAAGCUGCUCUGCAGACACAUUCUCUGGUGAUCUCCAAGAGCCAAUUAAAUAUACACACCAAAUGUAGAAAGGAAUAGUAAUUGGGGUAAAAAGCCACAGAACUCAGAGAGAACAAGAACAAACACUCCCACAGAGCAAAUGAAAACACUGGACUAAAUAGGUGCUUGUUUUGUUGCGGAGCACUCUGUUAUAAUGCAGCUGGUAGAAGGAUGCCAGGCAGAGCCAAUAUCUAGAGCAAUGCACAGGUCAGCUCAGACCAAAAUGUGACAGCUGGCUGUUAUGUUGCUUCACACUUUGCUGGGAAGCCACAGAUGCUGUGGUGAUGAGUUCUGUACAGGCUGAUCAGUGCUACUCACAAACAAGCUUUUGUUUUAGAUCAAAUAAAAGAAAAAUCAGUGAAGACAGUGCAACUCUCUCUUGCUGAGCCUUGUUUCCCUACCUUGGUAAUGAAAGAAUACCACAAAUUUUCUCCAGGGAAAAGCAAUCUCCAAAAGUGAUAUAAGGCAAUUACAGUGACAGCAGAGGCUGGAUUGAUGUUAAGGACCAUGCUGAAAUGAACCAGGAGAUGAAUGUCACCACCCCAAUCGAUCCAGAUUAGUGACUUACUAUGAAGUAGCCCUGUGGUGAUUACGGGCUGUCAUAAUAAAAGGUUGCUUUCUCUCUAGCUGA